UUCCCUUUUCUGGCAGACACAAACGGGAAUAUGAGAUAAUUUCUUAGGCUGAGUUGUUUCUGUCCAGGCUUUCUUAAACCCUAAAGCUCUCACCGAGUCACUCUUUGCCGUCUUCGAGUUGCAGCAGAACCAGAUCCGGCGAACCCGAGGAGCUCUCAUCUGGUCAUCUUGUUCGCGUUCCUCUGCUCUGUUUCUCAAUCUCACCGUUUUCUCGUCUCACUGUUUCAGUCGUCCGACCUCUCCUCUGUUCACCUUGUCUUCGUUGAUCUCUUCAGCGUCUUCGUGCUCGACCGACCUCUCAUCUUCGCGGGUUGCAAGUCGCGACGGGGGACUCCUUUGUUCCAGAUUCUAGUUCGGGCUUCAAGACGAGUUCGAUUGCUUUCUUGCUAUUCGAGUUUCCUGAUUUCUUCCACUUCCAGCCUGUGCAUCUCGUCUGCCAUCUUCAAUCUUCCUUAACAGGAACUGCAAUUUGGAAGUCAAUUUUAUAGUAGAUAUGGAAGAAGAGGAUGACUAUGUGGAGUAUGUGCCUGUGGCCAAGCGUAGGGCCAUGGAGGCUCAGAAAAUUCUUCAGCGAAAAGGAAAAUCCUCCUCCACAAUGGAUGAUGAUUUGGAGAAAUCAAGAGUGGCAGAAGCCAAGCCAAGUCUUUUGGUUAAGGUAUCACAGUUGAAACGGGAUCAGCCUGAGAUUAGUCCGACAGAGCAGCUUGUUCAACAAGAAAAAGAGAUGAUUGAGAACUUAUCAGAUCGAAAAACUCUUAUGUCUGUUCGGGAAUUGGCUAAGGGAAUCACCUAUUCAGAGCCUUUGCCUACUGGAUGGAAGCCACCUUUACCAAUUAGAAGAAUUUCAAAAAAGGCAUGUGAUUUGAUUCGGAAGCAGUGGCAUAUAAUAGUUGAUGGUGAAGACAUCCCUCCCCCAAUUAAGAAUUUCAAGGAUAUGAGGUUUCCUGAGCCAAUUUUGAAGAAGUUGAAAGCAAAAGGGAUUGUGCAACCAACACCUAUUCAAGUACAAGGCCUUCCUGUGAUCUUAUCUGGGAGGGAUAUGAUUGGGAUUGCAUUCACAGGAUCAGGGAAAACACUAGUCUUUGUGUUGCCAAUGAUCAUGGUGGCACUGCAAGAGGAAAUUAUGAUGCCUAUUGUUCCUGGAGAAGGUCCAUUUGGUUUGAUUAUUUGCCCAUCAAGGGAACUGGCUAGACAGACUUAUGAAGUGGUUGAACAAUUCUUGAUACCUCUGAGAGAAGCUGGAUAUCCUGAGCUUAGGCCAUUGCUUUGUAUUGGUGGGGUAGAUAUGAGAUCACAGCUAGAGGUUGUGAAGAAGGGUGUUCACAUUGUUGUUGCCACCCCUGGGAGAUUAAAGGAUAUGUUAGCGAAGAAAAAAAUGAAUCUUGAUAAUUGCAGGUAUUUAACACUAGAUGAGGCUGAUAGAUUGGUAGAUUUGGGAUUUGAAGAUGACAUUAGAGAAGUGUUUGAUCACUUCAAAGCUCAAAGACAGACACUCUUAUUUUCUGCCACUAUGCCAACCAAAAUUCAGAAUUUUGCUAGAAGUGCUCUAGUGAAACCAGUCAUUGUCAAUGUGGGGCGAGCAGGGGCAGCAAAUCUUGACGUAAUCCAGGAGGUAGAGUAUGUUAAGCAAGAGGCAAAAAUUGUGUAUCUCCUUGAGUGCCUGCAAAAAACCCCACCUCCGGUUUUAAUAUUCUGUGAGAACAAGGCUGAUGUGGAUGACAUUCAUGAAUAUCUUCUCUUGAAAGGAGUGGAAGCAGUGGCUAUCCAUGGAGGCAAAGACCAAGAAGAGAGAGAGUAUGCAAUUGCAGCCUUUAAGUCUGGAAAGAAAGAUGUGUUGGUUGCAACUGAUGUUGCAUCCAAGGGAUUGGAUUUUCCUGAUAUUCAGCAUGUUAUCAACUAUGACAUGCCUGCUGAAAUUGAAAACUAUGUUCAUAGGAUUGGACGAACUGGACGAUGUGGCAAGACUGGCAUAGCAACAACGUUCAUAAACAAGAAUCAAACUGAGACAACCUUACUUGACUUGAAACAUCUGUUGCAAGAAGCAAAACAGCGCAUACCCCCAGUUUUAGCAGAGCUGAAUGAUCCGAUGGAAUAUAACGAGGAAAUCACAGAUAAAAGUGGGGUCAAGGGCUGUGCGUAUUGUGGUGGGCUUGGUCAUCGCAUUCGUGACUGCCCCAAAUUGGAACAUCAGAAGAGCAUGGCAAUUGCAAAUAACAGAAGGGAUUAUUUUGGUUCUGGCGGAUACAGGGGAGAAAUAUGAAAAAGCACCGCUUCAUUGUGUAUCAGUUUAUGUAUUAUAACGACAAAAUGAUUUUUGCAGGAUGAAAUGUAAUUAACUUUAUUUCAUGUCUUGGAUGUCCAGUAUUAUGCUCCAUUCAUCUGGAUUGAUCUUCAUCUGUUCAUGUGGUCUCGAAAGAUUCAGUGUAGUUAGAACACUCGGUUUCUGCCCCAACAGGUUCUUUUCUUAAAAUGAGUUUCUAUUGCUGCA